AUGCGUGCAACACCAGGCGGUAAUCGUCCUGCAGAUCCGCAUUCAAAUGAGCUGCAGUCUGGUCCGCCUGCCGGACAGGAAACUACAAGUAGAGCUGCGAGUCGUCGACAUAGCUCUUCAGGGACAGUUGGUAAGUCAUUAAUAAAGAUGUUAAACAGGGCAGGUCCCAAUAUUGACUCCCUGAGGAACGCCAUGCUCUACUCAUACGGGAAUCUGACAAUUCAGUUCCAAUUCUCGCAAACUGACCUCUAUCUAUCAAAUAACUCCUAAAGCAUUCCAUGGCAUCUCUACACAAACACCCAGUUCUAUCUGGUUCUAUCGACCAAUUAAUCUCAUAGUAGCCUUCUUAACUCUGAGUAAAGAUCUAAGAGCUGGUGUUUCAUGGUGAUCAGGAUUUACUUUAUCCUUUGCCGAACGCAGGUUCUUUUGCUCCGCCAAACCUCAAGAUAAUGAAUAAAGUUGAGCCAGGAUUACUUGCUGGACCUGAUUAGAUUAGUCAUGCGCUGCUCGGGGCGGAUAUGAGGUGUGUGUGUAGAGAGGGGAAUGGUGAUCCUUAGGUGCCCUCUCAUCUUACCUCAAAAUGACCCCCGCUUCUCUCAGAAACAAAGUCUGUGUCUGAUGUGCAGAGUUCCCUCGAUCAAAACAUCUCUAGAAAAUUCAGCGUAUCGGCUGCAACCCAUAAUGGGAUAAUUUUCAUCAAUAAGUAUUCACGCCGAUACUGUAUUAUCUAUUAAGGUUUAGUUUCGAAAGUAACUAUGGUGUUGCGUCUCACAAGGGAUUGAAAUAUAUAUAACAUGAUAAUAUAAAGGUUAGUAAAGUCAUUAAGUUGGAUUUGAAAAUAUUUUGGCAUUUUCUAUUUUAGAGUUUGAAUGAAAGUUAAAGGACUGUAAAAGAGCCAGUGAGAACCUGCUCACAAAAGUGAUAUAAUUUUAGUAAAGGGAACAAAAGUGCACCGUUUAAAAACCUGCUGCUACAUGCAACUCGGACGGUAGAUCACGAAACAAACAGAUGCAGUUUAACAGAUGAAUUAUCAAUUACCACUCUGAAAGAGGAUCACAUACAUACAGUGCGAAGCAAUACUCGAUUAAAAAAAACACAUAUUUGUAUGAGUCGGUUUCUGUUUAAAAUCAACGGUACUGAAGUUCCGUGUUGUCCCUUUUAUUGCUUUAAUAUUCAAAGCGAGAAAUGGAAAUUAAAGAGACAAGGUGCCGGGGUAGGGGGUAAAAAAACUAUUUAUUCUUUUUAAAUAACCUGAUAAAAAACUAUAUAUUUGAAGAAAUAUAAAAUUCUAUCCUCUUUUGUCUCUCAAACAAAAGACCUUUUCAUCAGAGAGGAGAACACCAUCAGGUAAUACUCUCUCGAAACUAAUUUGCCUUCAAAAUAGUAAUAAUAAUAUUGCAACCAGUUGUCUUAGAACAAAAAUGCCGACAAGAUUCCCACCAAGUUCUUUUAAAAAGCCCCGCUUAUUGUUGGGCAUCCCUCAACGCUAAGCCGCCACAAAUAUCGCUUAUCAUCAACACCCAAUUAUGCUACUCAGGGAAGAGCUCUAGGCAACCUGUGAUUCUUAAAUUAGUGCUUGGAUCUCUAGUAAGACAUUCAUAAACUAGUCGGACGGCGCUGCAGAAGAGCACCUGAAUAGCCACCGUGCUUUUCGCGCUGAGAGAGCAAGUUUCCAGAGACUCAACCAAGGUAACAUCUUACUCCAAAACUAAGUACCAUUACUUUUUUGCCUCUGUGUAUUUUUUUCUCUUUAAUUUACCUUUCUUCCUCUUUUUUAAAAAAAGAGUUUACAGUACUUUUACAAAGAUUAGCCCUACAAUUGUUCUUUAAGAGAAUAAUUUUACUUAGCGACGGGGAAAAACGUUUUGGCCUUAUCACGCAAAAUUAAAAGCUCGUGUUAGGUGUAAAAAUAGUGGCAAGUGCUGAACCCUUAAGCACUAACGCCUCAAAAUAAAAUAAUAUUUAAAUAAGAAAAGAUGGCGGUUUCUUUGAAGAGUCUGGUUUAAUGUUAAGUUGCCAAUUAAAAAAAAAGAAAAUGGCAGGCUGCUGGUGUAAAUUGAGGGUGAUAUCAGCCGUAUUGCAUGGGUAUAUCCGAGCUACGGGCUAUUAAGUAAAUAAUCCAUCCGUUUAACUGCCGCUAGAGAGAAGGUUUCCAGGUUGAUCUCUUAUGAAAUAUCAUGUCAACAACGUGUAAGUCACUUAAAUGUGUUUCCAUUGUGAUUAGAUAAAUAACGCCAAGUCUGCUGAAAAAUAUUUAUGAGCGUUGGCUACUUUACAUUCAGUCUCAAACUACCCGGCGGCGGAAGAACGAAUUUUUACUGAGCUGCCAAACACUUGCAGUUCCGCGAAUUCUAACAAACAAAAUAAAUUAUUUGUUGAUUCUAAGAAAAGGUUUGGAAUUAAAGCGAAGCAAUGACCAGGACUUAUCCAUCAACACCACAUAACGGUGUACUUCCCAAUAAAUAUAAGCUCCGCCAAAAACUUGACAGCUCAACUCGCCAUUAUUCCUAAAAGAACAGCCAUAUGGACGUCCCCUUCCCUUCCGACAUAAUUUUAUCCUGAUUUUGUAACCUUUAGCUCCACAGGAAUACAUUAAAUUGCUAUCCUUUCCAGGGAAAGAAUCCAAAUCGAUGAAACAGAUAGAUAUGGGAUGUUCAAAGAAUAUACUUAACUGUAUUUAAAUUUUCAAGGUGCUCGAGCAAAAAAUAUAGUGUUUACCUCGUUUGCUAGUGGCGGUGUGAAAAACUGACGCCGCUAUCUUUGAUGUGCUUCAAAGACUUGAAUUUUUUAUGACUAAAAACACCGACAGGGAAUUUGUGCUUUUCUGUUUGAAAAUCUGAAAACCGAAAAUGCUAUACACUAUGCCUCCAAAUUUAAAAGAAAUACGAAUUAAAACUUACAACUACGAAUUAAAAAUGUUUGAAUGAGAAAUUAUGCAGUGCAAAUUUCUUUGGAAACGCAAACUUCUUUGAAAGCCGGCACCGCUAACAAUGCCGCCACAAGUUGUUCAAUCAUCAUGAAAAAUUUAACAAGUCGGCAACUCAGUUUUCAAAGCAACAAUUUUCGCUGUUAUCCCAAAUGCGUUUUUUGUGCUAAAAAUCCUUGAGGGCUUUGCAAGACACUAAACCCUCUCGUUAGAUCGCUUCAAUGUUAACAGUACAUAUAUAUAUGUGUGUAAAGGUUUCUUAAAUAAUAAAAAUGAAAAAGUCCAUUAACUAAAGCAUACUUAGUAGAUGAAAGCAUGGGUUGAAAUAAUCAGUACAGCUAUAAACGAGGGAAAUUGCUUGAAGAUCCUAUCUAAUGUCGGCUUCGCUCGCCAAAAAGGUACCAAACUGUGUGACGCGCGCGUCCACUAAAUACACUUUGUACAUUACUCCCUUAGCUGUAAUUUUUGUAAAAAUUCUGCUACAAAGAACACUGAAAAAGGGCUGUUAGCUAGGACAAGUUACAGUUGAUUUUAAAACACUUUUAUUUAUAUAUCAAAUGCAUGUAUGGUCUGAACUUUUGCGAGUUUUCAGCUCUUUAAUUUGGUCUUAUAAUAAAUGUCCGGAGAGAGCACUUAGUUCCUUAGCCCGCACGUAUCAAAUUAAUGUAGUUAUUACGGGAUACAUCAAAGUAGUCAGGUUGGGGUUGUAUAUUGGCCAUUUGGUCAUUUAAAAGCAUCUGAGUAUAUUAUACCGCGGCCUUUGACUAUUAUAUCAAUGAGAGCAGUGCAUGUCAUCACGACCACACUAUACUUUUUAAAAUCCAUUCUUAUUGCCAAACGGACUGACUAAGGACUCCAGGACCUUCCCUCCAGGCAAGUUUGAUAGAUAUCACCUUUUCACAAGUUUUUCUUGUACAUGUACUGUUUUCGUACAAAGUUUAUGCAGAGAAGGAAUAGCUUAUGAACCACCAUGAAGUGAUAGGUCUCCAAAUUCGUAGUCAAUAUUUCGGUUCGAGGAUUUCGACAAAGUCAUCCCAGCAACCUGGCUACAUAACUUUUUACACGACCCAACGGACAGUCAGCCUGUUUGAUCAAUAAAGCUUUAUGGCAAACUUUUUUGGUGCCAGUAUUUGAUUAUAGAAAAACCAAAACAAUUUAAAAUCCCGUCACCAUGAUGUAUGGGUAAUAAUGCUUUUAAACCAGCUUUAAUGCUGGGCUAAAAAUUUGAAAAAUGAACAGAGAACCGACUGCGCUACUAAAAACCAAAUGUUCACGGAGAUGUGAGAAAGCUGUACUUCAGCUGUCGGUGUGUCAAGGACCCGAAUGUUUUCGGCGGAUGGCUUAACAUUUAUAGAUCUAGACAAUCCAGUUCGUUUUCUCCACGUUGCUUCAUCUUAUCCGAUUCCCGCUAGUCACUACCUAAGAGGCGGGACUAAGUAUAAGUAUUAUAGAAGAAAACGCCCAUUACGUCGCGAAUGGUAGCCUCCCACGCAGGGGUUUUUAGGGGAGCUGGGGGAGGGACGAAAUACGAGCUCCCAUAAAACGCCCACAUGGGAGGCUAUGCGAAUGGCAGCCUUCCUUCUUCCAAUGCUAACUCGGUAAUUGUUAAAGGAAAAAGCAAGCUUUUCGAAGAGAGGUGAUACUGUACCGUAAACAAAAUUAAAAGAGACGACUCCUCAAAAGUACAUACUGUUCAGUUUCACGCGAGCAAGAAGUCAUCCUCCUUUCCAACAAUGCCAGGCCAGUUCUCUCUUUAAUAAUCUCCAAGCUCUAACGAUUAUCUAUUUAUCUUAGAAUAACUAAUCAAUUAACGACUCGAAGCAAACCAACUGGAGUAUGAUAAAUAAAAGCAUUCAGUUUUUAACCAGUUAAAAAUACCACAACACGUGUUUUCUUCUUCAAAAAUUAUUUUUGGAACAUUAGGCUAUAUGCACAUGCCUUUCAAUGUUCAUGGUAAGCCUUCCAAGUUCUUUAAUUUCAAUUAAGUGUGCUAGCUUGUAAACCUCAGUUAAAGUAAAUUGCAGCCUGUAAAUCUCGAUAAAAGUUUAACUUUUCACUAACAGUAAAACUGGAAAAACGUUUCAAAUAAACUCCACAAGCAGAAAUUUAUUUGUUAUGUUAUACGAACAUUUUGUCUAUAACAAUUAAGUUUCUAUUUUGCAGCUAAAUGGGUUCAAAAUGUUCUAAAGAGGAUCAGAGUUUGGCUCCAGGUGAGUUAUUUUGAAAUAAAUAAAUAAAAAAAAAACAGAUAGAUCGAUAGUUUAUUCAUCUUAAAAACUUGCAGAAAAGAGCUGAAUUACGAUAAGGUUUACAUUAAAGCGCGAUACAGGUUCUUAAAGAAGGAUGAUCUAACGCAAUUAACGAUUUUAGAACUGUUAUAAAAUCACAAAUCCAAAAGAUGCGUCAAGUUCUUAUAUACAAUAAGUAACAAAAUUAUUUAUAGUUUUCAACCACUGUAAGCAUAACUUAAAAGAAAACUAUCCUUGCAUCUUUCAAUUUUACUCUUUGGACAUAUAAAUGUUCUUUGUUCUCUCAGAGAGUAGCUCGGCUGGUAUUUACUUGGAAGUAGUUUGUGCAGACUGUGAGAUUGAUUAGCAUUAUUCUCUCUUGUUAGCUCAAACUUCAUGGAACAACUUUGCCGCAAUUGCCUCUCUUCUAUCAUACAGUGUUAAAAGUUCUAGAACCUUAGUAUGUGAUAGCCCAGGGUAAAGAAUCUUCAUAGCGCGUUUUUGCAGUCUUUCUUGGUCUUCACUUAGAUAACUUGCUGGAGCGUGAUAAAAACUGGGCUGCCGUACUCAAGAGUAGAGCGAAUGCAUGUGAUGUAAAAUAGAAGUAGCUCUCUUGUAGCAAUACUCCGACUAUAUCUUUGGGGCUAUCCAAAACAACAAGAAAGUAGUAAUGAUAAUGAUCGUCAUCAUUAUCGGGCAGGGAGGGAUCGAUCAGUGUUUACCACUGACCAGGUAUUCAUACAGCAGAACCCCUCCCCCCCCUCACUGUUACAAUCACGGCGGAGAAGCUUUGUAAUGAUCCUGAUAAUAAGAAAUUGCUAAAAAUAAUAACAAUUUAAUUCUAAACAAUGAAUCUUGGCGAAGGACGCGAUAUAUUUGGAUGAGUUACGCAUUUAAAGCCAGUCAAACGUUACGUCACACCCAGCGUCACACGGUAGUUUCUGUUAAGGAUUAUUUUAAUGAUCCUUACCAAAUUGGGUCAUAUUUUAGUAAAAUGGCCUAUUCUCCUUUCUAUUUAUUUGUAAUAAAUCAAGAAACUGCCGCGCCUAAUUUUCUUUUUAAAUGAUAGGCUAUCUAUUGUUGCGGAUGUAAGGAAGGCCUGUUAACUUAAAUUUGUUCCUCUAGUCGUACCAUGUACCAAUAUAGAUGUAGACAAUACAGACGAACUUGCCAAUAUCGCGGUACUUGGCUACUACGUCACGUGAUGAUGACGUUAUAUAUGGACCGAGAAAAACGAUAGGCUGCGGUGCGGAGGCAUUUUUCUUUUGCUGAGUCCUGCUCGCCGUGCGCGUCUGAGCAUGUAAGUGGCCGUCCAUUGAUAGGCCAGCCACAGGAUGCGACACUUCAUUCAACCCCUUUUAGCUCUCUGAUUCUGUUUGAUUAUGAGUAGAAUGUAACGUUUUCAUUUUUCAUAUUUGCCUUUUACACGUCCUUGAAAAUAAGUGUCAUUAUAUACUUCGUUUCUCUGUGGUACAAGAUGAAAGUGACCCAAUACACUACAGAAUUAAUCAUAGAAUCUCUGCCGGUGGACGAGAUCCAUAGCUUCAAUUUUUUUGGAGCCAACCACAAUCAACUUCUAAGAAAGUCCGGAGAUUUCUCUCAAAAUUAUCAUUUGGCGGGUUGGUCACCGGAACGUUUUUUUGUCAUUUAAACUUGCUAAAAGCUUUUCACAACACCCCUAAACAAUCAGCCUUGCUAUUUGGUUAUCGUUAACACUUCUUAAAUCAAGCUUUGUUGUCUCGUCUUUGAAUUCACUUAGAAUUAUCUGUCACAUCUUUCAGAGGACAGAGCUGACCAUUACUCGCUCGACCCUUCAACUAACAGAUUAUUAUAUGCAAUGAGUUUUCCACUUCUAAAACGAUUAGGAAUCUCGUAUUGUAUCGAAUCUUGUGAGAAUCGACGUAUCGGUCCACAACAAUAAACCAUUUAACGGACUUUAGUUUAACUUUGAGGAGUCGAUGUAACCUCCGGUUUCCCAAAACAUGAAAAGAUUUCAUAGACUAGGGAGAAAAUCAUGGAGUAGGUCUCGCCGAAACCAAGGUAUGAAUCUGUUAAAUGUCCUUUUUCGAUUACACUAAAAUGAUGCGCUUGGCACGGGCCAUGGAAUUCCAUGUUUGGGCAAGCGAUAGUUGUGUAAACAUAACUUGCUGAAUGUUUUGUCAGACUUUCUAAUCUCCAGCCUGUUCAACUCUUCAAAAUUCAGUUUGUAUAAGAAAUCAAGGAUUACUCGUGCCGAUCAUUUUUCUUAUUCCGAUAAUUUAUAUAAUCACUGGCAUAAUUUGUCUUUUUCACUAUAGAAGGUGCCGCCAUUGCCGGGUCUAACCAGUUCGCCUGGUUAGAUGCUCCGGCUACCAUUAAACCUUACAUGCAAUCGUCGGAACGGUGUUGAAGCCACUAUUAUGCCGGGACAUAACGGCGGGCGGUGUAUUGAACGAAAGCAAAUAUUCUCUUGCUCUUAAUUUUACUGCCAAUCCACAUUUUGUAUUCUACACUUCUGUCAUUAUAGAUUCAAAAUUAUUAAUCCCUUCUAGAGUUUGAGUUUUAUAAUUAUUAUCAUGUAAAACGCAAAAUUACUCAUUUUCUAACAGUUUCGAACAUUCUCAUUUUAAAAAGGACAAAUAAUUUGGUUUAUUUUGGGAAUAAUGGUUUUAAAGAAAAAGAGGAGAGCUAAACAGGGAAAAAAGGCAAUUUGUGUCAUCAGCAUCAGGGAGUUUGAAUAGCAACGAGACGGUUUAGACUAGUGCAAAAAAUACUUAACUGAACGAUGAGAACGCCGCAGAGAACUAGAAGUAGCAGACACAUGGAUUUUACUUGAGCAAGACCACUUUCAUAAAAUUAGUACUCCACUGUAAUUGGCUACUUUUAAAGCUAGCCAAUCAAAUCGCAGUUUUCUCUCAUUAAGCUUUGAUUAGGACAAUCGAAUCAAUUUCUGUCAGUGGCACAAAGCAUUAGGCCGCCAGAUAUCACUGCGUCAAACUGAGAGUAAUGCCGAGGUCUUAAGCGAAUUUUUCACUUCUCGUUUUCGUGAUUUUUUCCCCGUUACGUUUAUGAGGAUUGUAUGGUUGUUAUGAAUUGAAAGCAUUUUUGACAUGGGAAAAAAAUAUAGCAAGCAAGGUAAGGUGAAAGCGCGCGAAAGUCGCAAGCACGUUCGCUCGAUGGCUCAACUCUUCAACACAAGAUGCCGUAAUUACAUGUUUAAUAAUACCCCCGUACGUAGUCACGGCGUGUGGCUCGUUUCGGUUCUUGUUCUAAUCUCAGUUUUGUUUCUUUUUUAGCCUGGAUUUCAAGAGAAGGACCUGAAGGCAAGCAAUAGUUUUACUGCAGAACCCAAAUCUGUGAAAUUAAGCUUGUUUAUUUUUCGUUGCCUUUGUUCACGCCGAUCGAUAAUUUUUUUCUUUUAUAAUUGCGCUCUGUUGAACAGGCGACUGUGUGGUGGAAAGCGACUCGGCAAACCUUUCGCCAAACUUGACGGAAGAACUACAAGAGAAAAGUUCAUGUACGGCCGACUUCACAUACAAGGGAUACCCUGUCAAUGUCGUGAGUACAACACAACUUGUAAUUAUAUUACUUCGUCCCUGGCGGAUAUGAAUGAUUGUCCGGCGAUCACUUGCAUCCACGUACGUUCAAUUCACCGUCGCUAAAAUCGACCCUUGUGUUGUGGUUAAACUUUCAGUCACAAGUUGAUAUGUUAUGAAGCAACCUUUUCUUAUGGUCUUGAAAGCUAAGCUUGGUAGUUGGUUGUUAUUGUUCGUGCCACUGAUAGCUGUCGGUUUCGAGUGAAGUGAUAGAACAACAACCGCGCUAACAAAGGUCAACACCGUAUCAUCAAGCGGUCGCCAACAUUUACGUUUUGUCAUUUUUGCAAAUCGCUUGCAUCCUUAAACUCAUGAAUUCUUUGUUUCUAACAAAAACAUUUACGAUGGAUCGCUUCGUCUCUGAUUUCCCAUGCAUUGGCAACAGCUGAAAUCAAUAAAUAGUGCGGGGAUCAAGCCAAAAAACGGUGGUGUAUCGAGACUAAAAAGUUAUAAUACUGCCGUGAAUUCUUCACACAAAUUCUACCAGCACAAGAAUACUUAGUGUGGGCAUUAGAUUAGCAUAGGGGCGUUUUUGGUCUUAAAAUUCCAGCACUGCAUCGGUUGUCGACGGCGCCUGAUAAAUCAAUAGCGUGUCUCUCAUGAAAGAACUAAUGUCCGUCCUCUUUUCCCUCGAUAAUCGCUAUUUCGUGAUACCAUUUUGCUAAGCGCACCUUCUUGAAAUUUCCCGGAGUUAUUUUCGGUCCUACAUGUUUGACCUUGUCGUCGGAAGAGCGGCCGAGUAAAAGCGAUUUUAAGUUUCCUGAAAUUUGAGAGAACAAAAUUGUAGCGACAAUUCGUGCCUCGAUUAUGUUUUGAUGUUUCCGUUGACCUGGUGCAGCAAGAGGAAUACCACAGUUCUUCUUUUUUGAUCAGAUAUAGCGAAAGUGAAUGUGAAAGAAAAUAAAUGAUUUUUGUGUGUAUACCAUGCUUAAGUAAGUGUAUACUUACUUCAUAAACAUGAGAUGUUUACAUAAGGUUGUCACGUCUUAAUCUAAUUCAUGAAAAAUACCUUGUAGUAGCUUGUAGUGGGAAUCAGUGCAAAAGAACAACUUUGGGUGUUUAAUUCAGAACGUUAUUUUCUAACGAACCCUGGUGAUUUGCGCAUUUUUUUUAAUUUUAAAGCCAAAAUUCUUAUAGAUUUAAAAACACUUUCAAUUUAACAGUGUCUUAUAAUUCUUCAUAACUUGUUUUACCGAACCGUAGUCAGCGGUAUUAGCAGUUUAGCUUGGAUAUCUUUUUUUUUCUUCAGUAUUUUAAUUAUUAUCGAAAGAAUGUGUUAAAAUGAGAAAUUUAGCUUUGCUUUCUUCUAUAUCGGUCUUUUGCAAGCUAUUUUGAGGUGAAUCUGUUGUUAGUGUCACUGCUUUGAAUCUUAAUAGGAUUGAAAUGCCUUUUUUUAUCUAAAAUAAGUGUUUCUGAAUGCCACCACAAUAGCAAUGCAAUUAUCUUAAUUCACGAAUAUCAAGUAACUUAAUAAUUUCAAGGAUUUAGUGUGCAGAAAAUCGGUACCCAUAUUAACCAUUGCUCUUUGACUCUUCUCUUAUCGGGUAUGUCAGUCACUGAUUUAAUGCUUUUUGACCAUGAGAAACUGUUUUAAGUAUGGAUAUUAGUAUUAAAGCAGAAUAAGUAACAAAGAUCAUAUUUCCUUAGAUCUAUAAAGCUCUUAGCUUAUUUAAUCUCCUUUUUGGAUGUCAUGCGUCAUUUCUCCUCUGCUUCACCCGCAAGAACAACUCAGUAAUUAUUGAUCAUGUCCUUGCAAACAUGCAGCCUUAAGGUUGGUUUACAGAAAAACACUGGUCUUUGAUAAGAUUUUACUUUAGAUCUAAUAGUUGUUCCCAUCUCUAAAAAAGAGCAAAGUAACAAUGCCUUGCAAGGAAAUAUGCCUUGUGUUGCUAUUUGGCACAAUGUUACAAAAUUCCUUUGAAUGUAAAUAUAUCUGGUGUAUGGAUUUAUUCUUCUACUUAGCUUUUCAUCAUUCUUGCUUCAGUGCAUUUAAGUUUAGGACCAACUGAAAUGCUUUGUUCUUUUAAAGUUACAAGAUGGAUCAUGUGAAUCAGAAAAAGACUUUUGCAAGAAGUAUUCUUACUAUGACUAUCCUAUUGAAGGUAAGGUGUAAGUGGCUUGUACUUUUAGAAGAAAAGAAUAUCUUUGGGUGCCUUUACUUUUUGAAUUUGACUCUUGAGAUUUAAGACUGCUAUAAUUUUCAAUCCCUUCAAAUAUUUAGUCAGUCAAUUACUCUAGAGUACUUGUGUGUGGUCUAAGACAUUAACAGUUAAUCAUGAGUAUUGUUUGGGGCUAGUUUUCUGGUUACAAUUUAUUGAAAAUCAUAUACAGCUGCAUAGGAACUGCAGGGUGAAGAAUUAAAUGAAAGAGAAGAUCAUCUCAGUUAUAGCCGCAACUUUUUCAGUUGCAACUGCAAAAGUUACAUCUUUAACUGUGAUGAUCUUCUUUUGUUUAGUUAAAUGAAUACGAUUUUAAAUACUAUUCACUAAAGUCCCUCGGUUGCCUCCCGGCUUCCAGCACUUACCAUUUCAAUUUAUGUGCAAUAAACUAGAAAACCACUUUUAACUUACUUUCUUCAACAAAGCUUUCUUGUUUCUUUUCCCUCUGAUUUGGAGCAUUUUUUUAAAGUUAAUUAAUUUGACUAUUUACAUGUGUAUUGUGCCAAACCUCUUCUUGUCCUACACACAUUAGUAUACGCCCUUUUGAAAUAAAGUUUGAUUGAUGUUUUGAUUGUCUGACAUAACUAAAAAUAACAGUUAAAAAUAAAUUUAUAUGCCUGCUUCAAAAGGUGCAGAUAAGCAAAACAUUUUUGUUUGUUUGCUAUUUUUCUAACUUGAAUUUCUUUUUUGGCAGUGGUUGAAUUGCCAGAUGAGCCAGAUGGAAAGAAAUUGGAAGUAUAUUUUGAACGUGAAGGACAAGUUGAAGCCUCUACCCAGACCACAAGACCAGCUGUCACGGUAAUACUAAGAUUGUCUGUGCUACAUUGUAAUGUAAUAUACAGUCAAACUCCGCGUUACAUACACCCGCUUAAUACAGACACCUCAUUAUCAUAGACAGUUUGCUUACUUUUUCUCUUAAUUCAGCCUGCUUAAUAUGGACAACCCGUUAAUGUGGGUACUUUCUGUGGCCCCCUCAGUGUCCUUUUUAACGGGAUUUGACUGUAUUACAGUUAUUGUAUUAUUAUUGUAAUGAUAUUGUAAUGCACAGGGCACCCAGAAAAGUAGCUCAGAUUGCUGUGAGUCUAUGCUGUGCACACCCUUGAUUUUCAUUACAUAAUAUGCUGUGCUAUUUUCACUUUGUUCCUACAGACGUCUAGUGAAUGUGGCCAGUCAUUGAAAUCGGUGGCAUCAGAUCGACAAGAAUGGUCCUAUACCCUUUAUGACUUUGAAGGUCAAGGCCAUGUCACAAGAGAAGUGAGUAAUAGAUUAGUAACACUGCUGUAUACUGAACAGCGGGCAGCACUGAUAUAUCCACUGACUUUCUAUCAAUUGCAUUAAUUGCUAGUACCAUGUUCAUGUGAUAAAAGGAUGUGAUAAGUUGCUGGUGUCUCCUAAUGAAAAGCCUUAUGAUUGCUAGUAAAGGAAGGGACAAUUGACACAGUAUGAAGAGUUACUUUGGGCCCACCUUUCAAAUACUAGUGGCACCUAUAUAUAAAUAUGUGUCAUGCAACACGGUCUUUGAAACAGAUGACGGAGGAAACCCUAUUGAGUAUUAGUCCUAUUAAAGAAAAUUAGGGAAGGGUGAAGCUUUGUAACUUAGAUGGUAGACAAGAGCAAUGGUAGAUCUAAUCUGGACAUUGUGGGCUUGAAUCCCAGUGAGGUCAAAAUAUUUUUGUGUGGUCCCCUAAAUCCCUCACCUUGGGCUAAUACCCAGGUUAUGGGUUAUUUGUAGCACUUGAAAUUUUCACUCCAGACUUAAUUCCUUGCUCAGUUUUUUAACCUACAUGUAAAACUCUUUAUGCCUGAGUGGUAAUUGAAUCAAAAAUCCGUGUUUGUUUGUUUGUAGGACCUCAAAAGCCUUGUUAAGUCAAUUUAUGAAGUUCUGGGGAAAAACAUCUCUCGGCCCAAGAGUUCCCAAAGAGAGCCUGUUAAAAAAGUUUGUGUGAGACUGUCGGUAUCAAAAGAGAGAAAUAGAGACGGUGCCGACAAAGCAAAACAGGAAUGUCUUCUGACAGCAGUUAGAGAACAACCAAGAAAAAGUAAAGCAAGUAGGUGUUUAUCAACUGACAGAGAAGGCUCAAUGAUUGUUAACCCUCCAUCUACAGACUACCUCAGUCAGAUCAGACCACAAAGCAGUUUGUUGGAAGCAAAAACUCAGGCUGAAGGUUAUGGUUGUAAAGGUGCUCAUCAUCGCAGAUCAUCAUCAUGCAGAAGGUGUGGACAGAGGCAAACAUAUGAAAGGGACAGUUCAAAGAAUGAAACCAGGAAAGAUCCCGUGGACUCAAAGGGGAUGUAUCACUAUCCAAAGAGAAUGCAAACUGGACCAGGUGAAUGUAAUCCACCAGCUUCGGGCAGUAAUGAAGUAACACGUGUGAAAGAGUGGGUUAACCAGUGGUGCCACAUGUACGAGGAAGACUCCAUGAAUGAUCAGCCCAGGCACAAACAUAAGGUUCACCGUCGGCACCGUGGGUGGCAACCUGACACCUGUGAAGCCAGUUGCCGAUUGCGGCGCUGUCCUCAGUACCUGGAUCUUGCAACAGAUCACCUGACUUACCCUUAUCAUACAGAGAGUCAGUCGUUUGCAUUUGGCAAUGGUUCGCCAAGACCACAGCACCAUCACAAACACAGUGAACAUCAUUGUAGGCAGAGCUGCAGUAAAGAUAAUGGUGCAUGUUAUCAUGAUGGAAAACCAGUUAUCCAUGAACAUCACCAUCAUCAUAAUCAUCAUCAUUAUCAUCACUAUGUUGGUUAAAUGAAUUAAUAUAUUGGCCCUCAAAAUUCACCAGAGAGGCUGAGUAGCAGAAUUCCGCAGUUAAGUACCGAAUUUCAGUGACUGAAAGCAAGUGUUUUGAGGUUAUCCAAAGGUACUGUUGAACAAGUGUCAUUUGAAGCAACUGUGUACAAACUGUACAUUUAUUGUCCAUGUAACAUGUUCACUUCAUGACUGUUGAUAAUCAUUCUCUUACUACCUUUGUAGGUCAACUUUAUAUUGAAUUUUUGCCAGAAUUCUUUCGGGCUUGUGAUUUAGUGUACAAUUUUUGUCAAUCUGAAUCGACUCAACCAGUUUUCUGUUUGGAUAGUAGCGGGAAUCUCUGUUCAUUUCAGAAAUGGGCCAAAUGGAGGGCUUCAUAGACUUUUAUAUCCUCAUGUAUAUGUAAGCGAAAACUUAACAUUUUGAACAAUAUGAAAUAUGGAAGUAUUUAUCAAAUAGCGUAGACAUUAUUUGGAUGUCACCAUAUUGGUGAUAAUAAGCGACAAAGCAUACAGUUUGCAAUAUUCUGAAAAGAAAUAUAUACAGUUCAUUUAAACGCGUAUAAAAUGCUGGGAGUUAACAGUUCAGUGAACCUCUGAAAGAAGCCAUUUUAAUAUUUGCUUUGUUACAUACAUACUUUUUUGAAGUAAUAUAUAGCUUUAGUCGAAGUUACCUACUGUAUAAUAUACAGAUAAACGAAAAAAAUUAAGUUGCUGCAUUGCAGUUAGACUGACUCAUCUCCUUGUGGAGGAGUUGCUACUUAUCUAACGAUGUCGUUAGUAGAAUGUUAACAAUGCCAACCAAAAAACAAAAUCUAAAAAACUUUGAAUACGUGUAAGUUAUUAUAAUUAUUAUAACAAUUAAGAACUAAGUGUAUGGUCAUUGAUGUGGUCUGU